UGUUUGAGGUACGGCGUCUGACGGAUCCUUUUCCAACCUGAAUAUUUGUAAAAAAAUCUCACAAGAAAAUUGAAAAUGUCGUUUAUUAACGUGACACCAGAAAGUCAUUUCCCAAUCCAGAACCUUCCAUAUGGUGUGUUCUCAACGACUAGUAACCCAAAGCCCCGCAUUGGUGUCGCAAUUGGAGACCAAAUUCUUGACCUUAGUGUUGUUAAAACAUUGUUUGAAGGACCAGUACUGGCUAGCCAGCAAAAUGUUUUUGAGGAAAGCACUUUAAAUGCCUUAAUGGGAUUGGGUCGUGCAGCCUGGACGGAGGCUAGAGAAACCAUACAGAAGAUGUUGUCAGCUAAUGAGCCCAUACUCCGGGAUAAUGCUGCACUCAGGCAAAGAGCAUUUGUCUCGCAGACAGAAGCUGUCAUGCACAUGCCCGCCAAGAUUGGAGAUUAUACAGACUUUUAUUCAUCGAAGAAUCACGCCUUUAACGUCGGGGUGAUGUUCCGUGGAAAAGAUAACGCUUUGAUGCCCAACUGGACACAUAUCCCGGUGGGUUACCAUGGCAGGGCUUCUUCUGUUGUUGUAUCAGGUACACCAAUCCAGCGCCCAAACGGCCAGACUAGACCUGAUGAUACUAAGCCACCACAAUUUACAAGUUGUAAAUUACUGGAUUUUGAACUUGAGAUGGCAUUCUUCACCGGCCCAGCGACCAAACUAGGAGAAACUGUGCCCAUAGAGAAGGCAGAAGAUUAUAUAUUUGGAAUGGUCUUAAUGAAUGACUGGUCAGCUAGAGAUAUACAGAAAUGGGAGUAUGUGCCCCUUGGGCCAUUCCUAGGUAAAAACUUUGGGACAACGGUAUCUCCAUGGGUGGUUACAAUGGAUGCUCUAAAGCCUUUUGUUGUGAAAAACAUGGAACAAGACCCAAAACCUCUACCUUACCUUACACACGAGGAUGAUUUUAAUUUUGACAUCAAUCUAGAAGUAUCUCUGAAAUGUGACAGUUUGUCUACCCCUAAAACUUUAUGCCGCAGUAAUUUUAAAUACAUGUACUGGACAAUGAAACAACAACUUGCCCAUCACACUGUUACAGGCUGCAAUAUCAAUCCAGGGGACUUAAUGGGCUCUGGUACAAUAUCAGGGGAGACAGAGGAUUCCUAUGGUAGUAUGUUAGAAUUGUGUUGGAAAGGGACCAAACCUAUUGACCUUGGUGACGGCGUGACGAGAAAGUUCCUGCAAGACGGAGAUGAGGUCAUCAUGACAGGCUAUGGUGAAGCGAAUGGCUACAGGGUUGGAUUCGGGACCUGUUCCGGCAAAGUCCUACCGGCUGCACCUAUAUAAAAACCAUGGAACAUUGUAUGUAAGACUAUGAAAUAGUGGUGACAAAAGCAAUGUGGUUUUCUUUAACUAAUUCAGUGACAUGGUUUGAAAAAAUGAAUCUCCAGAAAAUAUG